GUCGGUACAGCAAGUCAUUUAUCAUCUGAUUCGCCGUUGUGUUUCGGAAUUUUUCUCAAUUCUCAAUGGAUUUAUAUCUUUUAUCAUAAGUGAUCCUGUUAUGAUGUAGUCAUGGCUGAGAAGAAGAUCAGGAAGAGAGAUUGCGUCAAGCUCUCCAAUAAGAUCAUCGAACGCUGCGAGUUGCCGAUCCCCCGCGUCACUAGCAUCGAUGGCAUCCGCUCCAACUUGUUCACCAGCCUGCUGCAGGUGCUCUACCAUCGGGUACCCGAAGGCAUCAUCGAGACGCCGACCAACACCGAGGAGGAGGUGGCCAACGUGCAGGCGAUCAUCAACCACCUGGCGCUCGACCUGAUCCACAUCGAUCUCUCGCACAUCUCGGGCGCCGACGUCAUCGCCGGCGAUCCGCGCGCCAUCUAUAACCUGCUGGAGAUCUUCUGCGGCUUGCACAAGUACCUCAGCUCCACGUCCAUCGGACAAUGGAACCUGGAGGAGACGCUGACGGAGACGGACAACGAGCUGAGCAGUGCGCCCUCCUCCGACGAGGUGACUACCGACGCCGGCCAGGAGGAGCUCUCAGAGCUGGAGGAGCCAUCAGAGCAGGAGAGUGAGGACCAGCCGCCUCCCUCUGAGGACGGUCUGCCUCCCUCUGAGGACGAUCCUCCUCCCUCUGAGGACGCUCCUCCUGCUGGGGAGGACGCCGCGGAUCUGGCCGGACUUGAUGAAGAGGAGGAGGGCGAGGAGCCAGUCGUGUCACUAUCCCGUCAGCUGUCAGCGGCGGCCCGUGACGGCGGCGAGGGCGAGGACGAGUACGAGUAUGAGGACGAGUACGAGGACGAGGGUGAACUGGAGGACGACGACGAGGGCACGGAGACGAUGCAGAGCCUGACGGCCGAGGAGGACGCGGCCACCGGCAGCCUGGCUGACACCGAACACGAGGACGAGGACACCGGCCAGGAGGACCUGAGUCGGGAGGACUACCGGGGCGACGAGGACAGCCAGGAGUGCGAGUCGGACGAGGAGGAGGAGGAGGAUGAGGACGACGAGGAGGAGGAGGACGCCGGGGUGGACAUCAGCCGUCAGCUGAGUGAAGAGCUGCAGCAAGCGCGCGAGUCGGCUGGCGUUCUUUCGCCGGUGGCUAGCGGCGCCAAGAUGAGCCGUCCCAGCGCCACUAAGAGAGAAAGCUUUUUGUCGAGACAGUUGGAUUCAACGAUCCGGGAAACGGGCGAGGAGCGGGCGAUCGUGGAGACGACGCGCGAGGAGGCUGGCGACCAGCUGCAGAAGGAGACGGUGCGCCGCGAGGUGCGCAGGAAGGUCUGCAGCGCGCCCCACCCGCGACAGAUGUCGUACACCAAGCAGAAAUCGCGCCGGUCCGUGUGCAGUGAUGGCGUCACCGACUGGCUCGAGUCCGGGGCCGACGACACGUACCUCAAGGUCGAGGGCAAAGAGGCGGACGUGUUCGACUACCUGCGCCGCGAGUUCCCGUACGUGCAUCUGUCAGCCGAGACCAAGCGCCGCCUGAUGACGCAGUACCGGCACCAGAUGAAGUACAUCAUGAGCCUGGUGGAGCCCGUCGAGUCGAGGAAGAUCAAAAUACGGCGUAAGGACGUGCUGAAGCGGCAGGCGCUGCUCACCGACAUCAUGCACCAGCACAAGGCGCACGACCAGCGCUUCCAGCAGAUGGCCAACUGCAAACGGCGCGAGGCCAAGAUCCGGAACAUGCCGCGGGACAGCAAGAUCUCGUGUCUGCGGGCGCAGCGCUACGUCAGCUCGUUCCAGCAGCAGUUCCAGUCGCGCUCGGCCUUCAACAAGAGCAAGGAGGAGCUGCUGUUACGUGCCGUGUUCGAGGAGAUGCUGGAGAUCCAGCGCUGCCGGCUGCGCUCCGUGCGCAAGCUGGAGAAACAGGCCAUCCAGAAGUUCUACGACGCUGACGGCUACACGAGCGACCUGAACCGCAUGCACCAGUACUACGAGGCCAACUUCCGGGACCUGGCGGCGCUGCUAGCGCGCGAGCGGGCCGACCUGAUGCUGGCCGAGAAGCAGCAGACGCGCCUCAACGAUCGCAUACGGCGCGAGUUCCGCGACUACAUGGAGGCGGACGUGCGCAGCCUCAACGACAAGAUCGUCAACAGUUGGCAGCCGCAGUUCAGGGAGCUGGACGCGGACCGGGUGCGCAGCGAUCUGUACCAGGCCAACUGGAAGUUCUGCGUGACGUAACCGAGCCGGCCGCCGCCGCCGUCGUCCGAGCCGACCCGACCCGCCGGCGGCGGCGGGCUCGGGCUGUCCGCCGGGCCGCCGCCGCCGCCGCCGGCCCUGCCGUCCAAAUCACCGUCCGUGUCGCUGUCGGGCGCCGCCGGCCGCCGCAGGCGGUGCCCGAUGUCUGUGUGGGUCCCGGGUGGGCCGCGAGAUACGUGUGAACGCGUCAGGAAACGUGGGAGCUAGCUUUCGAGUCAAAUGGCGCCGGGUGGUGUGUUAGGGAGACCAACUGUUUUAUACCAGAGUAGUUCUACAGGGGAUGCAGCCAGGCGCGCGCGCGGUUGUGGAGGAUGCCCAGAUGUACCGUUAUUGGUUUGAAGUAUUUUAAUGUUUCGUUACGUCUAAUAAAUUGUUUCCUGAUGC